AUGGCCGUGUUGAUAAACAUGGGUAGCCCCGCCCUCGUGAGGCCCUCCAUCGCCUACGAGUGUUUGCGCUCGAUUGCUGUCGACACCGAGCGCGACAUCGCGCUCCUCGAGUACCUUGAGCCAUGGCUUGAGUUUCAGAGCACUGUCGGCAUCCUUGCCGAUCCUCCCGAGGGCUACAUGUACCCUGGUGUCGACAUUUUGGGUGGUUUCUCGAACAUGACAAGCAUGCUGCGGAACGGCGACUACGACAACCAAUACGACUUUAUCGUUGACCUGUUCCGCCUCAUUAACGUCAAGCCGCGUGAGGGCCAUUUGUCUUAUACCCCAGCUCUGAUUAGCGCUGUUCAAUUCGCCACGCCGGCCGUCUUUAUUUCCAUUUCGGAAGACGGCACCAGCCUACCAAGCAUUUACCUAUACGAUGACUACCUCCAGAGCCAAAGCCAGGGCUACGACGCCGCCAAAGUAGUAUCCUUCGACGGCACCCCCAUCUUCGAUUGGCUUCAGCAGCGAGGUGUCGACAACGACCGAAACCAGGAUCCUGAUGCUUCAUGGAACUCCCAGCUGUACAGCGCGGCUCUCGACAACAUUGGCGUUUCUGCUGCUUCCACAAUCUUCGCUCACGGCAAUCUGACUGAUCAGAGCACCAUCGUAUUCGGCAACAAUACCGAGGUCUCCUUCAACAACGUCGCUGUGCUUGUCGGCGACUUCUCCAACAUUUCGUCCGGCGAAGAUGUUCACAACAGAUUUGAAGUCCCCGACAGGUUUGGAAACGCAGAGUCGAGCCCCUUUACAAAGUUGGCGAAGCGCCAGUCCGACGGCUUCGACAAUGUGGGUUAUCCGGACCCUUUCGUCAUUCACGAGGACGGCUACAUCAGCGGAUACCACUUCCGUCGUGGCAAGCUGGACGAUACGGCUGUACUCGCCGUCAAGAGUUUCUUGACCUCCGACCUGGAGUCGCAACCCGAGGCUGACUUGGAGGAGUUCGUGCGAGUCGUAUCGACCUUUGUCACGGACUCGGCCGAUGAUGGGAAGGACCGCCUCAUCAUCGAUUUCCAAGGAAACGGCGGUGGUUCUCUAGCCAAUCUCAUCGCGCUGUACCUGUUCCUGUUCCCCCAGGCCGAGACCUUCCUCCCGCUGCGAGCCCGCGCCAACCCGCUCCUCAACUGGAUGGGCGAGACUGCCGUCGAGUUCCGAGCGCCUAUGCUGCCUGUGUACGACCUCCGGACCGCCGUCGACGAGGACAUGAACACCUUCAGCAGCUGCCUCCCCGAGCACUUCACUGCCAACAACACUGUAAUUUUGACAGACGGUUUCUGUGCUUCAGCGUGCGCGCUCGCUGUAGGUCUCAUGUCGCGCCUCCUCGGCAUCCACGUCGUCACCCUCGGUGGCCGCCCCAACGAGCGUCCUAUGCAGGCGGUCGGCGGCACCAAAGGUGGGCCCAUCCUGACUCUCGACUGGGGCAAGGCCAUCUUCCCGGAUAUCGCUUCCGAAGAGCGACCCCCAUCAGACCUGAGGACAGCGCCCUUCUCGGAGGUUGGUCCGCCGCUGGCAGGUCCUCCGCCUGAGAUGAUCGUCGUCAACUCCGCCAACGUUCACCUCCACGACGACGACGAUGCGGCGCCGCUGCAGUUCGUCUACGAGGCCGCCAACUGUCGUCUCUUCUACACGUGGGAGACCCUGACCAAUCUUACCAACCUCUGGGAGGCCGUUUCGGAUGUCAAUCCUCGUACGGGUUCCGGCGGCUUUGGUAAUGGAAGGAGCAAUGGUGGCGGCGGCAACGGCAACGGCAACGGCAACAGCAACGGCGGCUCCUCAAACGGUGAUGAUUCAGACAAUGCCGCCGGCCGGGUCGCCGGCGCGAGCUUCACCGUUCUAGUCGCCCUGGCGGCGGCUGUGAUUGCGUUUGCUUGA